UAGGGAAGAUCAUUAUAUUGUUCCCCACUUCAAGAAUCAUUCAUCAAAGAAAGAAAAAAGGGGUUGUUUUAUUUUUCAAGAAAAUAAUGGCUGGUACAAAAACCAACGAUUUUCAAGAUAUGUUGCCUAUGAUGGCAAAUAAGCUUGGUGGGGAUGGUUUAAUUAGAGAGCUGUGUAAUGGGUUUAGGCUAUUGAUGGAUAGGGAUAGAGGGGUCGUCACUUUUGAGAGUUUGAAAAAGAAUUCAGCACUUCUUGGUUUGCAAAAUUUGAGAGAUGAUGAAUUGAUGAGCAUGUUGAGAGAAGGGGAUUUAAAUGGAGAUGGUGCUCUUGAUCAGAUGGAGUUUUGUGUGCUUAUGUUUAGAUUGAGUCCUGAAUUGAUGGAAGAAUCGGAAGAUUUGCUUGAAAUUGCUCUGCAACAUGAAUUCAAGACUAAUUCAUAUAGGUGAUUUUUUUUAUUUGUGUUCUGUCUGAUGUAACUCAUUUGAGACUUAGAAAAAGGGGAAAUUAUGUAACUUAGUUUUUUCUUUCUUGGGGUCUUGAAUAUUGACUUGUUUCAUGAUGAAAUUUGCAAGGAAAUUGGGAAUUUGAUUUCUUACCCAAA